AUACUCCACGCACGCAAACGCACUUUGGAAAUAUCGCGAGACGUCGCAGCUCCUCUCACUACGUAAUGUGCCGUGCUGCUUAUGGCGGCGCUGGUGACAGUGCUGAAAGCUGUUGGGUAUGAAGUGAAACAGAACUGAUUUUUGUACCACCUGAAACUGCUACUUCAAGUUCAGAUCACACCGAAGUAACAAUUCAAGGAAAAAACAUCCCAAAAGUUAGUAAAUCAACUGGUGCAACGAAACUCCGAAGACUAAGGAUAACAACUUCACUUCAAUAGAAACGGGGAAAAAAACCGAAGCAACCAGACUAAGUAACCAAAGAUCUGUGAGCCCAACUGAAACAAGAAGCUGAAGAAGACAACGAAGACAAAAAAAAUUAACAACAAACCUAAGCCACAGACGACAACCAACAAAAAAGCGACCUGCAAAGACAAUACUUGAUCUGAGACAAGAAGUUUGUGCCUACUCAACAGCUUUGACAAAGCACACGUCCCAACGCUGCUUGAAGCCCUUCUCAUCCUCACCGCACCUCUCUCAUCCGGGGUGCGGAGAGGGCUGCUGUCUGCUCGUUUUAUCUUUUCGUUACCUCCUCCUGUCCCUUCCUCAUCUGCUCUCUCUCUCUACUAGAUCUGUUUCUUUUGUUUUGGGAAGCGUAGCUGCCGUCCCCACGUUUGGCCUUUAUAUAUUUUCCCUUCUUAAUUCCUCAACUUCUCUUUUUUGUCCUUUUUUUUUCAUUGUUGCUUUUGCAACUUUCUUUUGAACACGUGCCAGAAAACUUGACAUAAGCGAGUGUGUGUGCGCGUGUGCGUGUUUGUGAACAGAAAAUCUGCAAUAGCAGUGCCACGGUUGGUGUCCCAAGACAGAACAACACAACAAGACCUCAAGAAAUCCAGAGGUGUGGCCUUGGCUGGUCAGUUGAAAAAAAAAAAAAAAAAAAAAACGAAAAAAAGAAACUAACCUAUUGAAAUUUUUAGAGAAAGAGUGAAAAAAAAAAUCACGUCUUGGCACCCUUAACGAACAAGCCAUCCACUUAAAGCAAAAAAAAAAAAAAAAAAAAAAUCAACCAAGAGGUGGAGAGACCUGAAUUUAAUGGAACAAUAUGGGCAGUCCUUGGAAAGGCUUUGUUGAGUUUACCUUGCCUGCGUCUCCACCCACUGCGUUUGUUAGUGCCGACCUGAGCAACUCCCCCGUCGGACUCAGCCUGUCCCCGUAUGGCCGAUCCUGCCUUCCAGAACUUGCCCCAGUAUUGAAGAUGGAGCGGGGGUCUUCCGAACCGCCUACGUCCCGUUCCUCGGGCCAUGCCUCGGCAUCCCCCACCACCUCUGCCCAUGCCCCUGCCCAGGCAAUGCCCACCACCCCCAUGCGCAUUCCCCGUUCGGCCUCUAUGUCCUGCCAUACCCCCCGGGCAGCAGGGGGCAAAAAGCGGCAGCGGACUGCCACGUUCCCAAGAUCAAUGAGCUUUGAUCCGAGCUUGCUUCACAACAAUGGCCACACUGCCUUUGCUAACGGCUCAGGGGUGGGCAUGCGGGAGACCGGGGUGGUGGAGAAGCUGUUGACGUCCUACGGCUUCAUCCAGUGCUCUGAGCGCCAGGCCCGGCUGUUCUUCCACUGCUCCCAAUAUAACGGCAACCUACAGGAGCUUAAGAUAGGAGAUGAUGUGGAGUUUGAGGUGUCGCUUGACAAGCGCACCGGCAAGCCCAUAGCUGUGAAGCUGGUAAAGAUCAAGCCUGAGGUGCUGCCUGAGGAGCGCAUCUCCGGGCAGGUAGUCUCAGCCAUACCAACUCAUCUGGAUGGGAAAUCUGCGCCCGGUCAGAUGCCCACUGGUAGCGUGUGCUAUGAGCGGAAUGGGGAGGUAUUCUACCUGACAUACACACCUGACGAUGUGGAAGGAAACAUACACCUUGACACUGGAGACAAAGUCAGCUUUUACAUGGAGACUAAUAAACAUACUGGUGCAGUCAGCGCUCGAAACAUUGUUCUGGUCAAGAAAAAACAAAUGAGGUGCCAGGGAGUGGUCUGUGCUACUAAGGAGGCGUUUGGUUUUAUCGAGCGUGGAGAUGUGGUGAAGGAGAUCUUCUUCCACUACAGCGAGUUCAAGGGAGACCUUGAAGCGCUGCAGGCUGGGGAUGAUGUGGAGUUCACCAUUAAAGAGAGAAAUGGCAAGGAGGUGGCCACCGACGUGAGACUGCUCCCUCAGGGAACGGUUAUCUUUGAGGACAUCAGCAUAGAGCACUUUGAUGGAACUGUCGCCAAAGUCAUACCGAAGGUCCCAACUAAGAAUCAGAACGAUCCAUUGCCUGGGCGUAUUAGUGCUAGGGUCAACUUCACUGAAAAGGAGCUUCCGUUUGGUGAGAAGGACACCAAGUCCAAGGUGACCCUUCUGGAUGGCGACCAUGUGCGUUUUAACAUUUCUGUGGACCGCAGAGACAAGCUGGAAAGAGCCACCAACAUCGAGAUCCUCCCCGAUACCUUCCAUUUUACUAAGGAGUCAAGAGAGAUGGGUGUGAUCGCUGCCAUGCGGGACGGCUUUGGCUUCAUCAAGUGUGUGGACCGGGACGCUCGGAUGUUCUUUCACUUCAGCGAGGUGUUGGAAGAGAGCCCGUUGCACAUCUCUGACGAAGUGGAGUUCACCGUUGUGCCCGACAUGUUGUCUGCCCAGCGGAACCACGCGGUGCGGAUCAAGAAGCUGCCUAAGGGAACCGUGUCCUUCCACGUCCAGUCGGAGCAGCGCUUCGUGGGCCAGGUGGAGAAGGAGGCCAUGCCGGCCUCGUCCGCCGCCAAUAAGAACGCGAACGUGAACGCCAGCCCCAGCAAGGCUAAGGAGAAGGCACUAAGGGGCAGAGCUACCCGUUUGGCAUCGUCAGCAUGACAAGCAAAGCCGACUGUCUGCAGAAAGGGGAAAUGGUGAAGUUCCAGCUCUGCACCGUUGCCCAGACCGGGCAGAAGAUGGCCUGCCACAUCGUUCCUCAGCGCCUAGCUCUAGUGGAGAGUGUUAAAGAUCAGUUUGGCUUCAUCACGUAUGAGGUUGGCGAGAGCAAGAAGCUCUUCUUCCACGUGAAGGAGGUGCAGGACGGUCUUGAGCUGCAGGCGGGAGACGAGGUGGAGUUCUCAGUCAUCCUCAACCAGCGCACCGGCAAGUGUAGUGCCUGCAACGUGCGCAGAGUCAGCGAGGGCCCCAAGCCAGUGGCCACACCCCGCCCUGAGCGCCUGGUGAACCGUCUGAAGAGCAUCACUCUGGACGACUCCAGUGCCCCGCGUUUAGUCAUCGUUAGGCAACCCCGUGGACCUGACAAUUCAAAGGGCUUCAGUGUUGAGAGGAAGCCACGUCAGCCUGGUGUGAUCGAUUGAGGACUAUUUUCCCCGCCCCUACUUACCCUUUCCAACCAAUAUCAUUGGAGAGGAGCAAUCAGGCUAAGGACAGGGUUUGGGUUGGCAGUCAUUUAUAUAUAGUGUCUGUGUGCAUAUACCCUCUCUCUUUCUCACACUCACACAUGCACAUACAGACUUGCAUACACACAUGCACACAAAUGCACACCAUCCUGACAUUUGCAGACACACUACAGAUGCUUGGCAUAUUGGCAUGCAUAACACCUGUCCCUGUCCAGUCAUUGGAGCUCAGUCCUCUCCAUCCUACCCCCCCCCCCCUCCCCAAUUCCUUAGCCUUCCCUCUCUUAUGUGUGGUCUACUAGCAAACUGCAGAGCUUAUUACUGUGCUCUAAUGGAGAUAUUCAGUUCUGUGUGUGUGUGUGUGUGUGUGUGUGUGUGUGUGUGUGUGUGUGUGUGUGUGUGUGUGUGUGUGUGUGUGUGUGGUGUGUGCACGGGCGUGUGUGUGUGUGAGAGUGAGUGUCUGUCUGUGUGUGUGUGUGUGUGUGUGUGUGAGUGUCUGUGUGAAUGAAUUGUGGACAUGGUGUUUUAGAAAUGUUAAUGAGAGGGGUGUGAAAUGUGAAGGGAGACCUGUAUCGUGAGAUGAACAAACAAACAAACAAACUAAACGGAAGCAAGACAAACUGCUCUGCGUGGGGUUUUGCUCCCUCUGUGAUUUCUGGGUGAUGUAGUCUCCUCUGGUGAUGUGUUCUUCUCAACCUAAACUCAUCUGAUUCCAUGUGUGGAAAUCUGCACCUGCCUAAACCUGUCAAUUUUAUGUGCGCGCGUGUGUGUUUGAUAAAGAUAAAGAAUCAUCUUUUUCUCUUCUUUUUUUUCUAUACAUUUUUUCCACCUGUAACUAAUCUCCCAUAUUUGGGUGUUUUCAUAGAUCAAUCAAAGCAAAGCGAUUGUGCGUGAGAUUCUAUGCAUAGGAAGCUGCGUUCUCCCUGCUCAGUUUUUAGAGCAGUUUUUAACACCCCCUUGACCCUCGUCAACUUUGACCCCUGACCUGGAAGCACUGUGUCAUGAGGUCAAUGCUCAUGUUUGUUGUUUUGUAAACAAUGUGAAUGAUUUGUUUUGAUUUAUUAUUAUUAUUAUUAUUAUUAUAUUUUUCCGAUCGUCUCAUUUCAAGUUUGGUUUUGAGUUUCUGAUUUUGGUUGGAUUUCUGGAACCUUCUGAUGCCUUUAGGUGUUCCCAGGCUCCCCUAUCCAAACCUUCCUUUCCCAGGUGCAGAAUUCCAAAUGGCAUCUUUUAUUCAUCAGUACUUUUAUACAAUGUACUUUUUUUUCUUUGCACAUCUUUUGCUUUCUCUGUUCUAUUUAAACUCAAAAUGUCUGCUUAUAAAAUAACUAAAGUAAGAAUAAGGUGCCUAAAAUGAUAAACGAAAUGACAACAAAAAAAUUAGAUAUAUCCUCAAACCCCAGCCAACCGCCAAAAAAAUAAUAAAACAAAACAAAACAAAACAAAAAAAAAACAAUGAUAGGAUGGCUUCUGUUUCCAGUAGAAAUAAUACAAGUAUGCACUCUGGUUGGUGAAAAAUAUACUGUAUGUAAUGUGUGCUUUCGCUUAGUGGGAAAUCUAAACAUCACAACAUGACUUUGAUAAUGAGGAACAACAGAAAGGAAAGGGUGGCUGAAGAUGAUAUCGAAAACACACACCAAAAUCAUAAGGAUUUCAAUAAGUGUGGUUUAAGAGGCAUUGGUGGGGAUUUGCUGUGCUUCAGAAGACACAUGGAGCUGUCUGACUGUCAGUUGAAUUUAAGCUGGAGAAUGUUGAGCUCCAGUUUAACUGCAUAUGGGGUCUCCCCUAUAUACUUUUGUUAAUGGUCUUGAAUGAAAAAAAAAUUGAAAUAAACGUUUUAUGAAAAGAA